GGGGGGCAGGGAGGGGCAGACCCUGGAAGCUGAGAGGCCCCAGUGCAGGAAAGACCGUUAAACUGCAGAUGUUUGGCAGCUGCAGGCAGAGGAAGUGCCUGAGAAGGAGGGGUGAGGAUUGCUCGGCUGCGGAAGGCACAACAAGGGGGACUGGAGCAACCGGAGGCCCUGGAGUUACAGCAUGGCUCUCCCACCACCCCCCUCCUCGCCACCACCCCCUUGCCCAGCAUCUCGAGAGUCUCUGAGUUGCAACUGGGACUUUCUGCAAAGUCUGUUGGGAGUGCUGCGCAUUAUACAGCUGCUGUCAGGUGCUAUCUGCUGGAUGAUUUUAGCAGCACACAAAUAUGAAGGUGCAACCUACUUUGCAGUCUUUGCGGCUGUUCUGGUGUGGCUGCUAACCUUGGUGAUCUUUGGGCUCAGCCUGUUGGGCCGCUGGUCUCUCGUGCCAGUUCUGGGAACCCGGUGGCUCUUGACAAACAUUGUGCAUGACUUGUUGCUUGGAGUCAUCCUUUUUACGGCUGCUGCAGGUAUCAUGGGGCAUAAGACCCAGAGUUUCAGCUAUUGCAACCUGCGAGGCUAUACUAAGCCCUGCAGUUACGGUGCCUAUGUGGCUGUGGCUGUUUUUGCCGGUGUCACUGCCUUCUUAUACCUUCUUUCAGGACUCUACUGCCUGGCACGGCGUUUUCGGGGACACCUGGACAUCAACUAAGAGAUGUGAAAGAAAGAUGAAGAGAGAUGGACAGGCCCUUCUUCAGUCAGCCAGACAAGUCUCACACGUGUCACCUUCAAGAUGAACAUGCUUUAUUUGGCCAAAGAUUUCAUCAGUUACAUCCCAUUUCAUCAGAUGGAACGAGAUGUAGCCCACAGACUGUUCACUGUUGAAGACCCAUCAUUAUCUUCCUGGUGGACAAACACCUCUCCUUGGUUUCUUCUGCACUGAUGUUGCCUAUAGGCAGUCUGACUCUCUUCAUCAAUGGAUGAAUAAUACCUCCUUUCAGCAUGCAGAAGCUACAAAUGGUCUGUCCUUUGGUCUUCUUUAUUUUUCCUUCAGUUUACAGGUGGGUCACUGGAAGCCUGGAAAUAUUUGGCCCAACCUGUGAUUCCAACAUAUGCUAGAGAAAGUGAUCCAGUUACAGCCAUUAUAAGAACAGAUUUAAUUUAGUUGGUAGUUCUUGUUCAUGUUUUUACAGUAUAUACAUAGGGUCUCAUUCACUUUGAUUCAUUCAAUUCAAUUCAUGCUCAGUAACCUUGAAUGCUUUAGGGUUGCUUGUUGGAUUUAUUAUUAAUGUUUUAAAACUGAAAGGUUACUUUGCUAGAGAAAGUGACCCAGUGUUAUUUACAGCCCUUAUAAGAACAGAUUUAAUUUAGUUGGUAGUCCUUGUUCAUGUUUUUACCGCAUAUACAUAGGGUUCAUUCAAUUCAAUUCAUGCUCAGUAACCUUGAGUAUUUGUACUUUAGGUUUCCUCAUUGAAUUUAUUAAUAAUAUUUUAAAAUUGAAAGGUUCUUUUUUGAACUACAAUGUCUGUAAUUCCCAACAAGCAUGAGUGUGUUGUGGGGACUCUGGGAAGUAUCGUCCAAAAUUAUUGGGAAAACCAGGAAUCUCCAAAAUCUUUUGGAAGCGUGACCCUUUUGGAGAUUAAUUGGCAUUCACACUAUUUGGAAUAAUCAUAACCUUUGGAAAGACCUGGCCUUGUUAGAGAUCGUAACCUUUGUAAAGUAUGAUCUUCCUGAGAACAGUUAAAAACUUGCUUGAGUUAACCUUCUCCUUAGUGGUAAAUAUCCACUAGUAUUCAUGCAUAGAGUUAAGGGAAAAUACACACCAAUAUAUGCACACAAUAUAGUCAGCAAUCUCAACUUUAUACAUAACAAAUAACUAGCAUGGGAGGAUUGUAGAAAGUUGCUAUUUCAACAAAAAUAACAUUUCCAAAGCCUCUUAAUAUUCUUUCUUUCUAUUUCAGCUUUAAAAACAAAAGUUUAAAUGUCAUUCCCAAAGGCUUCUGUUACUUUGUUUUUAUUUUGUUCAAUGGCACUUGAUCAGAUAUUUAUGACCUAUUGUUUUUUAAACUUACAAAUGUAUAUAAACCUGAUAUGAACAUUAUAGCUUUUAUAGCAUAGUAUUACUCUAGUUACCAGUGUUUUAUUGCUACAAAUAGAGGUAUAAAGGCUCAUAAAAUCAUGGAGCUGGAAGAGACUCAUGGGCCAUUCAGUCCAAUCCCCUGCCAAGAAGCAGAAACAUUGCAUUCAAAGCACCCCCGACAGAUGGCCAUCCAGCCUCUGCUUAAAAGCCUCCAAAGAAGGAGCUUCCACCACACUCUAGGGCAGAGAGUUCCACUGCUGAACAGCUCUCAAAGUGAUGAAGUUCUUCCUAAUAUUCAGGUGGAAUCUCCUUUUCUGUAAUUUGAAGCCAUUGUUUCCUGUCCUAGUCUCCAGGGCAGCAGAAAACAAGCUUGCUCCCUCCUCCCUAUGACUUCUCCUCACAUAUUUAUACAUGGCUAUCACGUCUCCUCUCAGUCUUCUCUUCUGCAGGCUAAACAUGCCCAGCUCUUUAAGCCUGAUGGGAACCUGAACUCUUGGAAGCUUUGACCUUGCAUCCAUAAAUGUAAUUUCUGGCAUUGGAAUAAUAAUUUUUUUUCUUACCUCCUCUAGCAUGGAACAAGAGGAAUAUUGCUUUUUUGUUAUUAUUAUUUAAUAAAUCCCAAACCUAAGGGCUAAUGUUCGAAAUGUUUGAAAUGUUCAAAAGUUUACUUUUAGUCCCUAACAUUUACUUAGUGUAAAUGUUGAUCACAUUACACUAUUUUAUCAUUUUUCAUGACAUUUUACAGGCGAGUUGUUUCAUAUAAGACUAAGCCAUCUCACUAAAUAGUAGGACAUAUUGGAGACAUCUGCAGGGCACAUACAUGAACAAAAAAGAAAGAAAUGGGAAGGAUGGACAUGAUUAUCAGUUAAGAUGAGAAUAGGAAGCUGCAUGAAUAAGAAUCGGCAUGUGUUACAGAAAAGGAUCCAUGUGGCUGUUUUUUUUCUUUUUUUCUUUUUUUCGUGUCAGGAGCAACUUGAGUUGCUUCUGGAGUGAGAGAAUGUGGCUGGUGGUCUGUAGGCUUGGAUCCAACCUUGAUGUUGGCUGUCUUUAGGAAAUUUGUUUGGACACUGAUGUUUUGAAAUUCAUGCCCUCUGAAUUUCCUAAUAUUUUCAGACUUCCAAAAAUGCUCAAAAUCAGAUACUCAAUGAAGAAACCCUUUCUCUAGUGAAGUAUAGAGCUAUAUUUCACACUCUAGAACAGGCAUGGGCAAACUUCGGCCCUCCAGGUGGUUUGGAUUCCAACUCCCAUAUUUCCUAACAGCCGGUAGGUCCAAAACAUAUGCAGGGCUAAAGUUUGCCCUUGCCUGCUCUAGAUUGUGGUCACACUUCCGUGGCCAUGUAACUUUCUGAUGUCAUAGCAGAGGCAUCCCUGGAAGAGAUGCCUGCACAAUUUCUUUCUGAGUUAGUUAAAUAAAUCCUACCCUGGGUGAAGCAUAUAGUUUUAUGGCUCCAGAGCAGUAGGAGGGGAAGCUGUAGGCAAGAAAGAGCAAGUAGUUGCUAGGCCAACACAUUCAGAAAUGUAAUAAUAACUCAGAAAGCUGUCAUUUGGUCUGAAAUGGGUGGAGGUAGUCUUUGCCUCAUAACAAUGAACUAAAGUUACAUUCUAUAGAAAGGGUCAGGGUCUAGAGUGGCUGGAUUAUCAGCUUGAAAAAUAGGAUUCAUUAGUAUCUAUAUCAUGACCCGAAGACAUUUUGCUGACCAAAAUGAAGAACAAAACGGCAUUCCAAGUGUGGAAUCUGAGCAAGCAGGUAGCUUAAUAUUGUUUUAGUGAUGCAGUUAGCGCUUGCAUCUUAGACCUUCAGGCUACAUGUGAGACCAGCAGGUCAGUUUAAGGGUUCAAGAAAAGAUUAUCUAUAAGAGAACAUGGUUGAUCAGGUGAGCUGAUCCUUCCUACCAUCUUCAUUCUGUUUAUAAGAUCAGUCUUCUCUGUCUGUUACCACAGCAGCAAAUUCUGCGGCUGGAUUGCAUGGUAUCUAAGAUAUGAUACCUAUUGGCAUUCUAACUUUGGAGCCGGGAUCAAUCAGCACAACCAGUUCAUACCAUAUAAACUGAAAGCUUUGUCAUUCCGAUGGAUUGUAUUUUUGUACUGCCUGUUCUUGAAGGGGGGGAGUGCCUCUGUAAUACAAAUGUGCCUUUGGGGAGAAAAUUCCAUCCCCCCAAAAACCUUCUGUGGUUUGCCAAACUUCUGAGCAACUACCAUGAACAUUUCUAAUGAAGAUACUCCAGUUAACUUUUGUUAAGCCAAUCAUUUUCAAAUUAUAAGAGAGUUGUUUUUGUUGAGUCUCCAUCUCCUCUCAACAAGGGAUCAAUUCCAGUAAUACCACGUGGAAAGCCCUUUUCACUUGCCCUUGCCAAAUGACUUAGUUUGGACUACAGGUUCCCAGGAGUCACCUCUGGACAUUUGGAAAGUUUUGAUUCUAUCCUUAAUCAAGCAGAGCUCUCAGCUAUUUUUCAUCUUCAUUACUGUGCCAUGCCAAGGCAGAUGAAUAGCCCCAGCGUGGGGCACAGAAGAACCUUUCUGUGCCAGAAAUCCAGUUUUAUUCUUGGAUCAGCUGGAGUAGACUGUUUGACCUGGACAAAUCACUGCUAAGACCUGUGCCUAAGAAUUUCUGUGACGCCACGUUAACCCAGAGCUUACAGCUGGGAGGUCCUGGAAGUUGUGGUCCAGAAAAGUGAUAAGGAAACUGUUCUGUUCAGCGUUCUGAGGCUGAGGAAUCUUGAUUUCCUAAAACUGUUUGAUUCAAAACCAAGUGCUCAAGAUCCAUCAAACAGAGGAAGCUUCUGAGAAGAGAUGCCUAUUAUAUCAUUUCUUCAUGUCCCAUCAUUUUGUUUGGUAGAAGGAAGGUUUGUGUACAUUUAUAUGGAUUGCAACUUCUCUUAUAGUUGCGUAUGAUCUUAAGCAAAUAUGAUUUAAAUGUAUAGACAGCCAUACUGAAUAUUUUGUGCCACAGUAUGUUACUGCUGGAAACUGAGUGAAGGUCAGGGCUCUUUUGAGAUAAACUAAGCCUAUGGUCCUCAAUUUUUGGUUCUGCAGAUGUUUUGGACUUCAGCAUGGCCAGUAGCUAGUAUUUGGAAGCAGAUAUAUCUAAACUAUUUACUACUGUAUAUGAUACAAGUUUAAAUUAUGAGGCUUUUCAAAUUGUUCUUAUAAAAUUUGUCCCAUGUUAUCCUAAUCCCAUACCUCAGUGCCUGCACCAGAAUCUAGUUUGGGCACGGCUCUACCCUAAAGAUUACAUUCCAGAGCAUUACUUGUAUUUUGUAGCUAAUUCAUCUUCUUAAUAAAAUUGUGUGAGGAACAUA